CAUCGGGCUACGAUAUGUUUAAUGGUUCCUGCUACUACGUUCGCUCUAGUUAUAAGGACUGGGCAACUGCACAAAAUGAUUGCAAAUUUUUUGGCAGUGAGUUGGUCAAGAUAACAAGCCAAGGAGAGAAUGACUUCAUUAAAGGUCAAUUAGGAAGCGGUGGCUUCUGGAUUGGACUGAAUGACAGAGCAACGGAAAACAGCUUUAAAUGGUCUGUGGACAACAGCGCUGUUGAAGACAAUGGCAAUUAUUCAAGCUGGGCAGACUGGCAACCAAACGAUUAUAAUGGACAAGACUGUGUUGCGAUGUAUUCGGACGGUAAAUGGAAGGAUGAAGAAUGUACCUGGUCUCUCUACUACAUCUGCGAAAAACCAGCCUCUUAAGAUGGACUAACAACAUUGCCUGUGUAGGGACAGUUCUCUGCAACUAGCAUAGGUUGCAAUCUGCACUGCACAAGACAGGGUGUCAUGAACUGACCCUCAUAGAGGUAUAACCUAACAAAGGAGGGUAACUAGAGAGGAAAUAUAUACAUAUUUAGUAUUAAUUUUACAUUCUAUUCAGUGAUGAUAAUUAUCUUGAGUAGAAAAUUCCUGUUUUCCUGAGACAAUGUGAGUUGCACACAAGUUGCUGU